AUGAGAGACUCGUGCAUGCUUUCCUUGACUAAAGAGCAGGUAGUCACCGCAGGGGACUACUGUGAGGCUCACAGCUCUUCACUGCCGAGCUGUAUUAUGAAGCAGAUCGAGUUCACUGACAGUCUCUCCAAAGAUGAGGCGGUAAUGGCACCAUCACCAGCCCAGUGUGCUUGGUUAAUGAGUAUUACUCAAAUGCUAGCUCCGACUCGAGUGCUUGAGCUUGGUACUUUUACCGGCGUCAGUGCCCUUGCGUUUUAUGAGGCGACAAGGAAAACGCAGGCAGAGAUUAUCAGCAUGGACAUGUCUGAAAAAUAUCUUGGUUACGCCAAUGAUGCUUUUGCUCUGUAUGGAGCGAACGAUCGGAUUACAACUGUGAAAGGGCCAUGUCUAGACUUGCUUCCUUCGUUGACUGGUCAGUUUGAUCUCAUAUACAUCGAUGCUGCAGAAGAAGAAUAUGAGCCUUACACUCGAUUUCUUCUCGAUCACAAUCUGCUCUCCCCACGCGGGAUCAUCUUAGUGGAUGACGUUCUCGUCGAAGGCCUUGUGCUGGACAAGUCAAUUGCCACUAAAUUUCCGAAAGAGAUCCGGGAGCCAUACCUAGGCGUCGCUGAUCUCAUGACCGGAUUCAACCGGUAUGCUGCCAGCGAUCCUCGUAUCACGGCAACCAUGAUCCCUUUGUUUAAUGGAAUUACGCAAAUUAUGUGGAAAUGA